CUCACAAAAAUAUAUCAGACGAAAUUCAUGUUCCAAAUCCAAAUCCACUUGUCAAUUUAUCAUAUGGCUUUGACGUUAUCCAAAUAAGUGUAGAUGGAAUUUAUCACAUAAAACAAUAGAUAAUAAUUACAGACAAUUAAAGUCUGAACUGGUCAAUAUGAGUAAUAAUAAUAUUAGAUAAAUAUAUUAAUAUAAUGAAAUAUUAUAAAAAUAAAUUAAUAAUGUUGCCUUAAUAAUAAACAAAUCUAUUUAUAAAUAUUUAUUUUUGUGUUUACAACAAUACCAUUGGCUUUAAUAAUUACUAGUAAACUAAAUAACUCUUCAAGAUGAUGCAACAAUAUAUGAAAGAGCUCGAGCAGGAACCGUUCGAUCCCGAAGAAUUUGUUGAGCGCUUGGCCUGGAGAACAGUAAACGACUCUAUGGUAGACGGACCAGGUGUCUUUGACCCAGUUUCAGUCCACGAGACCUUUCUCCAUGCCAUCAAAGACCUACAGAUCCUGGAGGAACGUCAGCAGAAAAAGUGCGAGAAGCUGGAGCUGGCGCUGAAAGACGAGGAGACGCGGCAUGCCUACGAAAUUAUCGAGAUGCAGGGGAAGAAUAAAAAAGCCAUUGAUUUAUUUCAUCAGCUCGACGAGCGGAUAAAUUUUGUUGCUACCAAAGUUAUUCAUCUGGGCGAUCAACUUGAGAAUGUCAACACUCCAAGAGCACGUGCAGUUGAAGCACAAAAAUUAAUGAAACAUUUUAGCGAAUUUUUAAGUCCUGGUCCUCUAACUGAUCCCAUUUUUACUGAUAAAUCUACAUUAGAUGUAGCAGCAGAUGUGAUACAAAAACUGCAUCUGAUAUCACAAGAGCUGCCAUCAGACAAAUUCGAUCAGGCGAAAGGUAAAAUAGCAGCCAAGUAUGACGAGAUAGAGCGAAGUUUGAUCGAAGAAUUCGUCCGUGCUCACAACAGCGACGAUGCUGAGAGGAUGAAAGAACUUGCGUCUGUAUUGGAGCACUUCAAAGGUUACUCACAGUGUGUUGAUGCAUUUAUCGAGCAAAGUCAAAUGGGUUCGUUUGGCGGGAAAGAUGUAUUUCAAGAUGUCAUACCAAUGUGUACAAAAAAUUACAAACUCAUGCAGCAAGUAUUUACAAAUCCCCAGCAAGUUAUGGCCAAGUUCGUUCUUAAUAUCUAUCAUUUGAGAUUACAAAAAUAUACGGUAGCGAAACUAGCUGAUAGAUCUGACAACGACAAGUAUUUAAGUAACUUGUAUGAUUUGUAUUGCAAGACUAUAAAACUGUCAACUGAUUUAAAACAAUUUGACAUGGGUACCGACGAGGCCUACUUGACUAAACUGACCCGUAAUAUUUUUCAAAAACACCUCGAUACUUAUAUCAGCCUUGAGUUGAAAGCCCUGAGAGAAAAAUCCACAAGCCUCUUGGUCGAAUACUACGACUCUAAGAAUCAUCAGAAGAAACAAAUACAGACAGGAGGCUUUCAAGAGCUCAGACGUGAUCUCCAGGCAGUAAUCGGCACAAGGACGAAUAUAAAUAUCGCUCAGAUAGAAGAUUACGGUGGAGAAACUUUUCUGUCAGAGGAGCUGGCGAUAGCUCUGCUUCAACGAAGUAAAUUAGCGUUUCAACGGUGUCAGGCGCUAUCUCAACCCGCAGACUUGCCGUCAAACGCACUUCAAAUUCUUGAAAUUCUCCUGCAGCACUUGAUGAAUGAGCACGUAGACUACGCGCUCGAACUGGGGCUCCAGAGUGUACCAAUCCCCGAAAGUAGGACUCCUCCAGACAUACAUUUCUUCAAUAUCGCACGACAGUGCAAUGUUAUCGUUCGGUUGCUUGAAGAACAAUUCAACGACAGUCUCGUGCCUCUUGUCAUAUCAACUCCAAAACACGGAGAUUGUUUAGCUCGACAAAAAUCAGUACUAGUACAAAUAGAAUUGAAGUUGGACACAGGAUUGGACCGCAGCAUCAACGCGAUCGCGGGCUGGGUUAGAUUAUACCUGCAAAGUGAGCAACGGAAAACAGACUUCAAACCAGAGACUGAUGACGUUGACACAAUCAAUACAUCAGCAUGCUUAGCAGUGUGUCAGUAUGUCACAGGAAUGAUUCGCCACAUCAGGGACACUCUCGACGGAAAGAAUGCAGAAAAUGUACUGACUGAACUCGGAAUACGUUUCCACCGAGUGAUUUACGAGCAUCUCCAACAGUUCCAGUUCAACUCCGCCGGUGCCAUGUGCGCCAUUUGCGACAUGAAUGAGUACAGAAAGUGCGUUAAGGAACUAGGAGUUGGUAUUGUUGUCUCAUUGUUCGAUACUCUGCACGCAUUGUGUAAUCUCCUGCUUGUCAAACCUGCGAACUUGAAGCAAGUCUGCACCGAUGACCAAUUGGCGAUGCUGGACCGUUCAACCCUCAUGAGCUUCAUUCAGCUGCGAUCGGACUACAAAACUCAAAAAUUAGCCAACUUACUAAAAGGUCUUGCGACGACAUAACACUUUUGAAAAUUAAAUUAUAAAUUAAAAUUAUUGGAAAGGAAAAUUAUAUAUAUAUAUGUGGGAAGUUGACAAAAUAAAAUUGUUUAUAUAAUAAACCAAAAUGCCUUUUAUAAGGAGAAUAAUCAUGUCUGUAAUAAUAAAAAAAAAUAACGAUACACAAAUGUCGUAGCAAACUUAUUGACUUUUAUAAUUCUUACAAUUUAUAAUUCACAAUUACUGGUAUAAAAGCGAUAAUUUUAUAACAUACAAUUUUAAUUAUUAAUCGCGUCAUCAUCAUUACACAGACAGAAUCUAAUUACUUUUAUUUAUUUGUUUAUUUUUUUUCUUUUUAAUUUGACGUUCAUACUUCAGACUUAUUGAGUUUUUUUUAUUUAUUCGAUUUUUAUCGAUAAGUCGGAGGAAAAAAGAAAAAAUUGUUUUAUUAUUCUCUAAUGAGUGGAACUUUUUGAUAUUUCGUGCCGUGAUGAAAAAAUUAAUCCCAGUGACGGCAAAGAGAAGUACAAGUACCAUUUAAUUAUUUUUUUUUUGCUUCUUAAUCUAUCUCGCUUACUAGACUGAUAAUCUUAGGGUCAGUUUUUCGAACCGGGUUUAUUUUUAUCCGGAUUUAAAUUAAUACUCCCAGUAAAUCUAUAUGUUAAUAAUAUAUAAAUUUACCAGUAAUAAUAAUUAAAGCCCGGAUUAAAAAUAAACCCGGUUUGAAAAACUGGCCCUCAAACACAAUUGAUUUUUUUUUGUUACAUUUUAAUUAGUAUCUACUCAUACAAAAUUGUGAUAUAAAAUAUUUACUUGGAUGAAUUGACAUUGAUAUAAAAAAAAACUCAAAACAAAAGAUGAUAAUCAUUAUUCUGGGAAUAAAAAAAAUAAUUAAGUUAUUGCAUAUACAAUUAUAGAGGAAGAAAUAUUUAAAGUUAUCAAGUGAUUAUAAACAGAAUACAUUUAUUUUGUGUAUCACUUUCGCUUGCCUUCAUUUCGUUACAAUUCAUUAAUUAUUUGUUGUUGUUGUUUUUAUUUUACUCUUCCUCACUAUCAAUUUCAAAAAAAGAUGUUAUGACUCAUCAGCAAGAUUACAGAGCGAAUAAGGACACGUAAGAAGAGCAAUGGUUAAAUCAACGCAUACGAUAAUGAUUCGUUUCGUUAAUUUGGCACAACUCUCCUUUGAAAUCUAACUCAAUACUAAAAUCUAGAUCGCGAUAAUUCCUAGCGUUCGGUUUCAUCGAGAAUACACCGUAAAUUUCCUCGCCGCGUUUUACCGUCAUGUAGGAGUCAAAGUAGAAGACCGUCUGCUUCCAAUGGGUGUACUGAACUUCCGGCGCUGUGCUGAACCCAACACGUUUGUGGCACUUGGUGAAUUCAAUGUUGAAGAAUGUGACUAGAGCUUGAACGUAGUCGUUGCGUCGUACUUGAAGAGUAAACGGAGAUGAGAAAUCAAGAUCUGCUUUUGUGACCGUGUAGAGAUCAACCUCCUUGAUGAGACAUGCGUUCGUGACAACUUGUUUAGGGUCCACGACAUCAACGAGGGGUUCACUUAUUGCGACCUUACGAAUACUGCUCAUGUCAAAGCCGUAGACGUCGUCCCACCAGUUUAUUUUCUCGUCUUUGUAUUGACGAUCCUCGAUACCGCAAAUAAAUAGAGUCGCUUUAUCGGGGAAAAGCAUGCCGUCGGGUUUUAGCCAUUUGUCACGCGCAUGGAGCACCGUGUCCAACAUCGACUCGUAGAAAAGACAAUAGCCCAUCCAUUCGGAAAUAAUAAUGUCGACUUUUUCAAUACCGUCUGGCAAUACGACUUCCUCAACUUUUCCCUUAACAAUAGUGAUUAUGUGAGACAGUUGAUUGGCUUCAACUAUUUUUUCCGCGUACUCGACGAUGUUGGAGCAUUCAAUACCAAUUACUCGAGCUGCGCCGGCUUUAGCAGCAAACAUUGACAAAAUUCCCGUGCCGCAGCCAAUGUCCAACACGAUUUUAUCUUUGAAUAAAUGCUUAUUAUGAUACAUUGAGUUACGAUAGGUUAUCGUUCGCACUUCGUCCUUCAGCAUCUCCUCAUGGAUGCCAUAGUGAGCAUACGAGUCGAAGUAAUAGUCACGUGAAGUCAUCUCGUCGACUGGCACCUUCUUGUUCGUUGCCGCUGAUUCUUUGUCGUUGUUCUCCGUGUUGUUCUCCUCUACUUUUAUUGCCGUUAUCGGCUCAGCAACUUCCAUUGUCUCCAUUUUUGAC